AAUCAACCCCGCACACCAGUGUGUGCUGUGCUUGACUGCGCAGCAUACGUCUACUCCUUUAAAAAUUUAGGGGCCUAGCUUCGUCCCGAACUUUUGCUUAGUCUGGGUUCUAUAUUUUUAGCAUUAGACUCCCGAGCUCUCCGCAGCUUCGAUUCUCCUUCGCCAUGUCGACCAAUGACGCCGUCUUCCAGCGCCGAAAUAAGCAGAUCGAGGAUGCCAUUGACGCCCAAAAUCUGAAGCAGGCGCUGCAGCUGAUCGAGAAGAGGAUUAAGAAAGGAGAGGAUACCCCGUUUUUAAAAGCAUGGAAGGCUCAUGUUCUUUACCGACAUGCCGAUGACGUCCACCGCCAGCGUGGUAUCACGGAGACCCUCGCGCUAUGUAAAGCUGAGCCGCCGGUGACCGACCUCGAUGCUUUGGAUAUCCUGUACGAGACGCUGGAGCAGAUAACCGGACAGGAAGAAACAAGGAGGAGUAUCUGGGAAAGGGCUGCGAAGGCUAAGCCGCAAGUCCGCGAUAUCCAGACAAGGUGGUUUACAUACGCCUUCGAGAGUGACGACUGGAAGUCAGCACAAAAGGCUGCCAUGUCCCUCCAGAACAACUUCCCCAAGACACGCAAGUACUAUAUCUGGGCUAUUUUCCUCAGCUAUCUCCUUGCGAUCGAUCCAGCGAGUUCUGAAAUGGACCGUAAGCUAUUUGGAACCUUGGCUUAUCGUAUGAUUUCUAAAGCGGCAGACAAUGUCCCAUCUGACCCAAAAGAAUUGCUGAGCCCCCCCAGGGCUAUUCAAACAUCUGAGGAACUUAUGCUUUUGGUUAAGAUCUUCGAGUCCCAAGGACGACACGCUGAGGUCGCCAAAAUCCUUGACAGUGAUAACCUUGGGCUCAAAUCCCAGAUAGUCCAAAAUGACUGGUCCUUUGUUGGCGUCAAGCUCGAUGGCUUAGAAAAGGCGCAGAUGUGGCCUGAAACCUUGUCCUAUACCAAGGAACUGCUUGCUAUUCCCUCCAAUCCAGGUGAAAAAGCCGCCACCCCAGAGAGUGACGACUGGGCUGUUUGGAACGCGCUUGUUACUGCCACCCAGAAAAUCAACACUCCGGAGACGACUGCGGAAACGCAAAAGUUCAUAGCCGACUACAUUAAUGCCCUACCCAGAUCGCGUAAUGCACGACUAGCUCAACUCGACCUUACUCAUUCAAACUUCCAGUCUGGAACAGUCGACUUAAACACAUUAUUAUCUACAUGCCAGGAGUACUUUAACCACAGCAAAAAUAAGCUUUACUGUUUCAGCGACCUCAUAAAAUAUUUACCUGGCUUAGACAAGCCUUCCUUGUCGAAGUUUAUACAAUAUGCGUUCGAUACUCAAGGACAGCCUGAUGAAAAGGGCCCAUUCAGAGGUGUUGCGAUGAUUAAUGCCCUUAAACUGGAAUAUUGCUUUCUCAUGACCCUUGACGAAGCAAGUGUUUCAAGAGAGAAGGUAGAGGAAUUUGUUUCACGCUGUCUGAGUGAAUACCGUGCAGUCGAUCGCCCCGAGCGAAGUUCUGCCCCCUCUACUAUCGAAAGUCAGCCUAGUGACGACUUGUGUGUGCUCGCUGCUAUGAGUUUAAUCCGGUUCAGCCGUAAAUGGGUGUCGAGUGAACUCGAGGUGAUCCCGGAUAUUAUGCUUAUCCGCGCAGCAGCCAUCCUCGAGCGUCUCCUCCUCGACUCUCCCCAUAACUACCAAGCGUUGUUGCUCCUAGUGCGACUUUAUCUCCGUUUAGGUGCAGGUUCGAUCGCAUUAAAGACCUUCAGCAAGCUUUCUGUCAAACAAUUGCAGUUUGAGACCGUUGCUCACAACCUUUUUACCCGCCUGGCCACUGUCCAUCCACAUUCAGCACCGCCAAUUGAUGGCGCAGAAUACAAGGACUUUAACCCUCAGUCCGCAUUUGUACAGGCCUUGAAUUUCUAUCGAAAUGCAGAUGCGACUUCCACCAGACACCGCUCAAAUGGCUUAGAGUAUGGAAGCUAUGUGAACACGGAAGGCACUAUCGAACUUCAACGGCGACUGAAGCAAAGUAUUUGUCGCCGAAUGUGGGCUUUGGAAGUGAAGAGAGUCCAGCGACUAGCUGGGGGUGACCCUAUGGGACGCUAUGAUCAGUUAGCAAGAGACCCCUCGGCGUUGGUUGAUCAGCGCUCAUUCGAUGCGUUCAUGAAUUGUGAAGCUCCUAAUCAACCCACUUUCGAGGAGCUGAUGCGUCUAGGUCCUCUCCCUCGGGAAAAAUGGGUGAAAUCUGCUCAAAUGACCGAUAAGCUCUUCGGACUCCUAAAAGACAUGGCCGCUCAAAAGCCUAAUCUCGUAGAACCGGAGAUUCCCAGCCUUAAGGACAUUGUGGGAACGAGCCCUGAAUCUGACAUGACUCCUUCGGAGGUCGAGGGUGCUAGAAUUAAUUUUCACCUUCUCAGGGUAGCCGUGUUUCUGAGUGGAUCAAAAUCUGUCACCUCUGACCAAGUUGAUCAGAGUCUCAGUCAAGUGGAAGAAUGGCUGGACUCUUCCUUGAAAGAUCUCGCCCUGGGCGGAGCCGCUGUCUCGCCGAUCAUGUCGAGGACGGCCAUCUUUUUACAACCGGAAACUCCUUACGCACCCACCUGGAGAUUCUUCCAUAAUAUUCUUAGCAUCCUUGAGCCCGUCAAGGCACUCCUUUCUGUAUGCUCUGUUGCGCUAAAGAAAGGUUCAAAGAAUACCAAAUUACCGAAGGACCGACUUGAAACUUUGAUGGGCACCGGACGCAAGGCACACGAGGAAAUCCGGGAAAACAUCCGCACCCUUAAGACACAUGUCUCUGAGCCAGGUAAGCUUGGCUCCUUGAUUGACCUAGUUAUCACCGGUGCUGGAACUGGUGAAGAUGGUCCUCUGCUUCAAGGAGAGUUGGAGAAGACUCUUGAUGCAGCUUCUCUAGAGCUCUUCUGUGGUGAGCUGAUGGAAAGCUGGGAGGAGGGCCUGAGUGGGAUCCAAACCAUUAGGCUUUGAUCUUACCCUCCUGUACCUGGAUAUAAACGAUAUAUCUGCCAAGUACCUAUGAGGAGACAUUGUUUUAAAAAAAAAAUAGAAUAGAAUCCAAAGCACAUAUGGACACAAGUAAGUAAGGAUCGAAAAAGAAUAAAAUAAAAUAAAAAGGCAU